AUGGCGCUUGAUGAGUUUUUAUAUGGGUUGCGAUCAUUUAAACAGCCUUCGGAACAGUCUAGCUUUCGAGACUUGCCGUUAAUCGAUAAUCUACGACAAGAACUGGUCAAGAGCAAGACGAAUAAAAAGGGCAAGAGCAGUGUUUUCAGCGUUGGAAAGAACAAUAAUAGGAAGCGUUCGAAGCCCGAGAAGUCAUUGAUACCACUUGCAGCGUAUACGUGUCAUAGUGAGAAGCCUAUUAUUGUGGGGAAUAGCUGUGCUGACACAAAUGCUAUCAACAUUCUCAAUAAGACGACACUAAUGCUGAUAGGGACGCUUGGGCAUAAUAGUCUCCGUCCCAUCGGGAUUGACAAGACGUUGAAAGAGCUUGAAGAUUCGGAUACGCAUGAGCGUGAUCAGCCGGCUGGGCCUAGAAAUGGUGAUCAUAUUUCUGGUUCUGUGCAGCGACAUAAUGUGUAUCAGCAAUCCUCUUCUUUUAUCAUACAAGGCGAUCAUUCGCACCUGCAUAACGUGCUGGCUAACGAUGCUGGGGAUCCAUCGGAGGAAGAAGCGGACCAGAGCUACGAUUAUGACGCUUAUGAGCAAGAGAAUGAGUCGAUGGUAGAGCGGGUCCGCGAAACGUAUGUGGAAAACUCACAGUUGAUUGAUGCGUCGUAUGUGCAAAGGUCUAGAAGAGCCGAUGAUGCUCCGCCUCUCAUGCAUGACAACGAUGACUCUGGGCAUGAAUCACCUUCGCUUACCAUCUCGGAGGCCGUCGAGGCCGGGGCGCAAGGUUCCCGUAUAUCAAGUCUAACGGAAAGACUAACGGCAGCGAUGAAUGAAGAGUUAUGA